UGCCGCCGCCGCCGCCAAGGCGCGCGUGGCCCCUGCACUCGCGCCUGCCCGGGAGGGGAGCGCGAGUCUCUCUCCAGCCGGGCAGCGGCGACGGAGCGGCGAGCGCCAGCGCGGCCAUGCACAGCUAGCCCCGGCCCGCUCGCCUCCGUUAACCCCCCCGCGGCCGGCUGCGCGGCGUGGCUCAGACACACGCAGGGGCUCAGCGGCGUGCCACGGGGCGCCCCAAGGAUGGAAGGGGGCGCGUAUGGAGCUGGCAAAGCCGGGGGCGCCUUCGACUCCCAGACCUUCUUCCGGCAGCCUCACACCGUCCUGCGGGUGCUCUCCUGGGUGUUCUCUAUUGUUGUCUUUGGCUCCAUUGUGAAUGAAGGUUACCUGAACCGCCCUGAUGAGAUGGAGGAGCACUGUAUCUUCAACCGCAACCACAAUGCCUGCAACUAUGGCAUCACCGUGGGCGUCCUCGCUUUCCUCAGCUGCCUUCUCUAUCUGGCUCUGGACGUCUAUUUCCCACAGAUAAGCAGCGUCAAGGACCGCAAGAAGGCAGUGCUCUCGGACAUCGGCGUCUCUGCCUUUUGGGCAUUCCUUUGGUUUGUUGGCUUCUGCUUCUUGGCCAACCAGUGGCAAGUUUCAAAGCACGAGAACAACCCGCUGAAUGAAGGGGCAGAUGCAGCACGAGCAGCCAUCACCUUCUCUUUCUUCUCCAUCUUCACCUGGGGCCUCUUGACAUUUCUGGCUUUCCGGAGACUCCGACACAUUAGCUUUCAGGAAGAAUAUAACACUCUCUUCCCUAGCUCCCCCACACCGCUGCCCUAGCGCCAUUCCCCCAGGGCCUUGUCAGGGAAGCGGUGUGCAUAGGAGAGGAGCUUGUUGGAGUGCAGAUGAUUCCAACUCCCAGGAUCGGGGUGGGAGGCAGGGACUGAAAAUACAGAGGCACGUUGCCAUGUCAGUGCAGCUGACGUGGUGGGGAGAGAGAGAAGCGAUGUGCCUUGGAACUGGGAUGGGACGUUAAUUGUCCUUUGGGGAGUUGGAAGGAAGUGACCCACCUCUCCUCCUCCACUUCCCCGCACCUGACUAACGCUGAAUAACAUCUGUAUCUCUUUCUAUUGGCAUCUGCUCAGUCUUAAUAUUUUAGCCGGGCAGGGCUCCCCGCACCACAAUCCCUUCUUCCCAUCUCCACUUCCUCUCACUCCUCUGCUCCUUUCACUCACUACGCUGGGAUAGUCCCUGGGUGGCUGGACCAUUCAAACAUGUCUGGGACGCUGGGGGAAGGCAGCCCUCUGGUCCCUGACCCUCCCUGAGCCCCAGCCCCAGUAACCUUGUCACACCAAAGAGCGUUCCAAAAGCAACGUCAGAGACAGGGAGCAGGAACAAGGCUGGACCUAUUCUAGAAGGUCUCUGCUUCCCCUCCCCUUCCCUCCCGCCACAAGGUCUGUGAUUUUUUAUUUUAUUUUAUUUUUUUUUGGCAGCAUAGUGGGUUGCUCAGUGGAUGACUAGCAGUGAAAGGGUUAAUGGGAACAGCUGCUACCUCAUGUCCAUCCCUUUCCUGUGGCGGGUCAGUCUGGAAUCCCAGUAUGGUCUGAGGUGAAAUGAGUCACAGAUCCAGCCCAAAGGUGCGAGACCUCUGAGGUGGAUGUGAAGCAGAUCACCUGGCUGGGGAGGGGACGUUAUCCAUGUAUAUCUGCAGGCUGGCUGUGCCUCACAAUGUGAACCCUGUCGCUGGGCAGGAUGGACCCAGAAACUGCUGUGGGCCUGGGCAAAGCAAGUGCAAGCAGUGGGUGGCAUACUUGCACUCUCUCUCUCUCUCUUGUCCCGGGCUCGUGCUCUCCAUGGGGCACACUAACUCUUCUUACACUUGGGUGUGUUAAGCAGUGAUUUCCAGUCAUGCCUUGUGCACUAAUCCUUAACCACUACUAACUUGGCUUUUGUUUGUCUCUCCUCCUCGGCGUGUUUCCUUCCCUUUCUCCUGCCUCUUUCUCUGUCUGCUUCCCAUCUCCCCUCAUCCUCCCUUAAAGGUGGGCCAGGCGUUUCUGGCAUACCAGCGCUACCGGAUUGGUGCCGACUCAGCCCUCUUCUCCCAGGACUACACGGACCCAAGCCAGGACUCCGGCCUGCCUUACGCCCCCUACACGAACGAGGACGAUGCCACAGACAUGGUGGGGACAUACCAGCAGCCCUCUUCUGUACACGCUUUUGAUGCUGAGACACAGGGGUACCAAACCCAAACACAGAACUACUGAGCUACACCGGUGCCCUUUCCCAUGCCCCUCCCCUCCACCCCCUUCCCUCUGCCAGUGGGAGGCUGCGGCACAAAACUGACAGGCGCAUCCCAGCGCAACAGGUGGCCCUUGGCCAUGCUCCAGCCUGGGGCCAUUUGUUUUUAUUUAUUGUUUUUUAAAAAGAAAAAAAAACCCUAAUUGCUCCUCCCUCCCUUUGAAUUGUCCACCAGACCCAAACUGCAUAUUCCCAAGUCUAUCCCUGUCCCUGUCACGGCAAAAGCUCCCCUGGUAACCUGGGAGUGAGCAGCAGCUUUGGGCAAGAAUCCAGCUCAGUCUUUUGGUGGUCAGGGGAGGGUGACAAGGGCAUCAGCACAGGUAGCAGAGGCCUAAGAGGGGGAGAUAACGGGGACCGCUCAAGCGGCUCUGGAGGGCAGGGAGAGAAGGUGGCACCUACAGUGUUGGAGCGGAUGCAUGUGUGUCUGUGGGGGUGGGAGGGAGAGUUGGAUAUGCGGGAGGAGCGUGUGAGGGAGGGAGACAUCAGAGCAAGCAUGCAGGCGUGCAAGGGUGGGGGAAUGUGCAAGCAUCGGGGCAGGUCAUAAUCCCUUUGCCCCAUGGGGUAUUGCCCCCUCGGCAAUACAAGGCUGUAUGGGAAGUUGUUGGUAGUUUAUCUUCAGGGGUGUAGGGAGGAGUGGUGUUGAGGGUGAGGGACCGGGGGUUGAGAGAGAAAAUGCAUGGGGGUGGAGUUUUGCAGGCACCAUCAAAAGCUACAAAGACGUUGGGAGAUUUUAAACCAAGAGAAUAAUCAGGAUUGGACAGGAUGAGCUAUGCAAUGAGAAUCCCUCUUUCCCCAGGCAAUUGGAUUGGAGGUGUUUCCCCAUACCCAUGUAAGCACCCUUCUGAGGUUAACACUGUGGUCCUCUAGGGAGAACCAGAACCAAGCUGCAUGCUCAGGGUGGGGAAGAUGUCUUAAGAGAAACUCCUGAGAACUCCAUUCGGUCCCCUGCUCUUCCCGCUCAGGGAUCACAACUGGCUUAGCACGGGAUGAGCAGGAAGUCACUGGGCUGAUUUGGGGAAAAGCCAUCUUCACACCAGUUGAUGGGGAACUUUGCCAGCCAACUCUGGGAGCCCUGUGACCUUUGCCCAGAAUAAAGUUGCAGGACAAAAGGGACAAACGGGUGAAUUUCAUUUCUACAGUCCUGUUGAAUCUACAUCUCUGAUGGAGUUAAAGAGAUUCCAGCCUCUCUGUGCUCCUAGACAGAUCAUCCCGGGCAUCUGUGCCACUCUCUCUGGAGCCCAGAGAAACGGGGCAGAACUCUCAAUGGAGCUUCUUGCCCUGCUGGAAAGAAAUACUGCUGCUUUUCUGCCAGCUGGCGUCUAGACAUUCUUAGGGAGGGUGUAACCAAUGAGUAGGGUCCCAGCAGCUGGGCUCUUGUGUGUGCAGUUAUCCUGACUGAGACUGGAUCAGGGAACCUAAGAGGGGUCUUUAAACAGCAGCUCUGCUAAGUGAGCUGAAUGGAGAGCAUCUCCCCCGCUCUUGCAAAACCUGGAGGGGCCAUGCUGCACUCUCUUCCCACUGAAACUUGGUCUUUGUGUAUCUUUCAGCUCUUCAGAGACAUCAGUGCUCCAUCCUCAGUCCCUAGCUCCUGGCAGCCUAAGGGCUUGUCUACACUGGGAAAUCGACUAGAACAGUUAUUCCGGGAUAGCUCCCUGUGUGGACACUAUGCUCUGGAAUAAAAUGUUUUGUUUUUUUUUAUCCUAGAAUCCUUACUCAGCUUUGUAAAUAUACUAAUUAUUCUGGACUACAAGUGACUUUUAUUCACAGGGGAGCUAUUCCACAAUAGCUAUUCUGGGCAAUUUCCUCAUGUAGACAAGCCCUAAGAAAAUGAGGCCAGGAACCAAAGCUAGGUAUCUCAUGUGGGUGUGUAGAAUAUUAACCCCUAGACUAUCACGCUUGAGCUGGGCAGAGCUCGCAGCCCCUGCUGGCCCUAGGAUGGAGGGAUCAAGAGCAGAACCAGGGUAAUAUGAUAGUACAGAACACUAACCAUGGGGCCACUCUCCAGAGCAUCUUGAGGAACUGAGAGAUCAAGGAUGGAACACAGGUGUGCUAGAUGGCAGAGCAGAGCACUUACUGUUAGGACUCCUAGUUCCUGCCAGGCUUGGGAAUUGAACUUGGGUUGCCAGGAGGGCAGGGCAAAACAUCUAGGUCAGUGGUUUUCAACCUGGUGUCCAUGGACCCCUGGAGGUCCACAGAAUAUGUUUAAGAUUUCCAAAAAGGUCUGCACUGCCAUUAAAAAUCUUUCUAGGGAUCUGCAAAUGAAAAAAGGUUGAAAACCACUGUUCUAGGUUACUAGCUCCCUCCCUUACCACACACCUCUCGCCAAAUGGAGGGUAGGAGAAAUAGGGAGACGCAGCCCCAAAAUGGGUGGAGGAACUGUCUAGUGAGGAAUCCCCUCCUUUGUACACAAUUAUACAGCUGUUUUUAUCUGCAGUGUCUAUCUUUAAAAGGCUGUUUCUCAGAGCUGCCUAUGGAACUUCCACAUUUGGGCACUAAAAAAAGGAGGAGCUGUUACCGGAGGGAGCUGAGACUCCAGCUGUUGCAUGAUCUGUGUGCCUGUGUGUGUAUGGGUGUGUAUAUUGUUUACAGACAUCCCCAUUGGAGCGUCUCUCAGUGAUUUGCUGUACGUGGCACAUCGCUAGCAGCUAGUGGAGGUAAGGGGAAGGAAAUGAUAGGUCCUGUUACAGGUGAAGCACAAAGAGGAGCUGGGCAAGUCUCUCACUCCAUGGUCCCGAGCAAAAGUAAUACUGUAAAUAGGAGGUUUGGUGGGGAAGGGUUCCCAUCUGCCAAGCUUCUCUUCUGUUGGGGUAGCCUAAUAUUUAGGUUUGGGGAGAGAGGGGACUUUAUCGAGAGGUGUUCUUCGUAAUGAGUGUCAGAGAGAGCUUUCUCCAAGUCGUCUCUCCCCCUGGAGUCAAGAGAGAAUGACGGAGUGGGGGAGGAUUGUGUGGGGAGGUAGAGGAAUUAUAAACAACUGGUGUCUCAGGGUAAAACCCCAGCAUAUCUUUUGGAAUGAAUCUCAGACCCAGCAGCCAUCCCCCACUUCAUCAGAAAGGGUUCUGCCCGUGAGGAGGGGAUGUUUUUAUUUUGGUUUGUACCAUGGGACUAUUUUAAUGUUCCUUCUCCCAUCACAGCUGGGAUGGUCCCUAAAGUCAUCUAGAGCUGGUCACAGAGUAGCAGCCAUGUUAGUCUGUAUCCGCAAAAAGAAAAGGAGGACUUGUGGCACCUUAGAGACUAACAGAUUUAUUUGAGCAUAAGCUUAAGUGAGCUACAGCUGCAUUCUGAUGAAGUGAGCUGUUGCUCAUGAAAGCUUAUGCUCAAAUACAUUUGUUAGUCUCUAAGGAGCCACAAGUCCUCCUUUUCUUAGAGCUGGUCAGUAAAGAGACCUUUCCCCCUUACACCCUGCUCCCCUCACAACACCAAGGGACCCCCUAGCUGCUCUGUGAUGGAAGGCUCAUUACCUCCCCUGUCAGGGCAGGCAUCUCCCAGACAGAUGAAGAACCAGUCUGCUCCUGUCUCAGGUUAUUCCCCAUCUCUCUGUCCCUCUGCUCCUGUUCUCUGUCUGUCGGUAGAUGUCUGCAUGGCAACAAGGAGCUUGCAGUGGUUCCUAGAGGGUUCGCCCACCCUGGUGGCUCAGUUCCUGGCUUUGCUUUUGCCUGGUGGGAGCAGCAAACUUUUCAAUGUAACAUCCUCAGCCCUGAUAAAUGAGGGACUGGGGCAGACAGAGAGAGGAGGACAAGGGUCUCUGAGUAGAUAAAUGAUUAGGGGGCAUUUCCCUCUGUAGUGUUGGUGGCUUUUUAACAGGGUUGCAGGCUCCCUACUGGAAGGGAGGGAACGAUUCUGGCCCCCCGCCUAUGUGCACACACAGCAUGUGGGGACCCUGAGUUAGAGGCUAUUUCACAACAGGAGGUGCCAGAGGAGGUUAUAGCUCCAAUAUCCUGACAAGUCCUGGGCACAAGGUUUCUCCUCUCCCAUCCACACAUGCUAUUCACCAACUCAAUUCAAUUCUCUUCCCCUCCCCACCCCUUGUUCCUGACAGCUCCUUGGAAUAAGUCUCUGCACCUAACACUGCCAGCACCCUGUACCCUUAUAAGCAUGUGGGAGACCCUGGGAAUGCAGGAGAGAUGGGUGGAUCCUUUUAGGAAUCUUAACUCCAGCCUCUGGAGAGACUAGGAGACAGUGAGGCCCAGAGGUUAGCUCAGUCGCCCCGUGUGGCACGUACGAAUCAUUUCUCCAGACGAUCUCACUGCCUCUGUGGUAUUGACAACUCCAAUUGGGUUUCCCUGCCCCUCUCCUGCAGCGUUACUGCCUGUGUAUAUUAUAUAUAUAUUAUAUAUAAAUAAAAAGAUGUAUAAUAUAAAGCAAUACAUAUAUAUGAUGACUAAAGAAUGGCCUGCUGCACACAGGUUCCUUGGGUGUCGGGUGUCUGUCCAAUCCUGAGUGUCCCCCCACUCCCUCCCGCACCUAGUAUGUUUUUCCAAAACCAACUCCAAUAAACCCUGCCAUCUUGGCACCUGUAUUUACUACGUCCUGUAAGUUUGUGGUUAACAAAGUGAAGGUGGUAACUACUGGUGUCUUAUCAAUAAAGUUAUGUUCAAAAUAACAAACCAUAA